AUGGUCCAUUCGUAUUGUUAUUUAUUUUUGGGUUUCGCAUACGCACAUAAAAGAAUUAAAACUAUUAUUGUACAUUCAGAAUGGCAAGAAUAUUAUGGCUACGCGGCGGCGUUAACUGGUAAAUGGCCACCUGUUGAUCAACCUCCACCACCUGUGAAGGAAUGGACCGCUUUGGUUGAUUUAACAAAGGUUCCCAAUGCUCCUUUAGUAAAAGCAGCAGAUGUAGGAGUCAAAUGUCCAGACAAGGAUACUUUUUGUAAUUGGAGUUGUACUGGGUGUACUAAGCCCGACUCCGACGUCAUCAUAUGUCCAAAUAAAGGAGAUUGGGGUAUCACUUUUGAUGAUGGUCCAACAGAAUUCACGUCCACCUUGUUAGAUUUCCUUGAUACAACAAAUGAUAAAGUAACAUUCUUCGUUGUUGGUUCUAGAGUAUUUGAAAAUCCAGAAAUUUUACAAAGAGCAGUUAAGGCGGGACAUCAAAUCGGUAUACAUACUUGGUCUCAUCCAUCUCUUACAUCACAAUCCAAUGAACAAAUUAUUGCAGAAUUUAAAUGGACUGAAGCUGCAAUAAAACAAGCUGUUGGACUUACACCAAAAUAUGUACGUCCACCAUUCGGGGAUUAUGAUGAUCGUGUAAGAUCAAUUGCAACUCAACUUGGUUACAAAGUUGUUAUUUGGGAUAAAGAUACAAAUGAUUGGAUGUCAGCAGAUGAUAAAACUUUCCAACUUACAUGGAUUGAAGGAAAUUUCACUGAAUGGGUUAAGGAACCUGCUACUACCGGUCAUAUUUCUCUUGAACAUGACCUUUAUAAACAAACCGCUGGGAGAGCUCCAAUAGCUUUACCAAUCGUUACAAAAGCUGGAUUCACUAUUAAACCCGUCUCUGUUUGUUUAGGAGAAAAACCAUAUGUUGAAGAUGUUUCCCUUGAUACAACUACUUCAACUACAGCACCAGCACCAGCAGCAGCACCAGCAGCUAAUGCAGCACCAGCAGCAGCACCAGCAGCUAAUGCAGCACCAGCACCAGCACCAGCAGCUGAUGCAGCACCAGCACCAGCACCGGCAGCAUAUCCUAGUUCAAUGCCAUAUGUUGUUGGUGAUUCAACAGCUGCUAUACCAUCAGCUUCCUCUACCCCUGCUACUACCAGUGCUGCAAAUACUUUAAACAGUGUUAAUUUAUGGUCAUUUGUAUCAUUUAUUGUGGGAUCUGUCAUGUUCAUUUAAAUAUUGGGUUUUUAUUAUAUUCAUUUUAAAUAAUUUGUAUACAAAUAGAUUUUCUUUUUUAUAAUAAUUUUUAUGUAGAGAACAAUAAUAGUUAAUAAUAAUAAAAAAAAAUUAGUCGUAUCUUAAUAAUUAAUUACU